CAUACUUUAGGUCUUUCCAAGGGGGAGUUUAUUGCUCGCAGGGCGAAGGCGCUAUGGGUUACUUGCUUGAUGGAUUUCCAAGUCGUUGGGAUAGAUGCAGCGCUGACGGCCGUGUUAUCAUUUCUCACGGUGGAGGAUGCACAGCAAAAUCGGACCCUCCGAAUAAGAUGAAAGGUCGUCCCAUGUCACGAGACCACUCACUUGAUACGGGAUCAGUCAAGAGCCUUUGGAGAGCGCACAAAAACUUCAAGGCCAUCAUUCUUAUUGUUGGGCCGAAGUGUAGGAGCUUCCCAUUUCGAUUUCGACAAAAAUACAAGUUUGUUGUGUUGGGUGCCUAUGCAAUCACCCACGUAUGGGCGUAUCCCGAUGAGGCGAGCGCUACCUCGAAGAGCGGAGCCUUUCAGAAAGAAGGACAAGGUCUGCACUUCUGUGUGGCAAUGAUUCAAACAUUGAGGGUUCACAUUUCAAAGCCACCCGCUACAUGUUUCGGUUUGAGUGGUUAGAGAGAGCCGACCCGUGGUGGUUUUCGCCCCUAACUCCACCUAUCGGACCACGUAUCGA